AUGGCGGGGCCCCCAGGAGUACCGUUUGUAGGUGCCUCGGGUACCCAACAUGCGAGCAGUUCGAUGGUGGGCCCUCCUGGGGGCCCCCCUCUCCCUAGGGGCCCCCAAGGUCCCCCAAUGGGUGGUGUACCAUUUGGUCCACGUAUGGGUGGAGGCCCCCCUCCAGCAGGUGGUGGUGUAGGUAUGGGGGGCCCCCCUCCAUUUGGUGGGGGCCCCCCUCCUUCUAUGGGUGCUGGAGGUGGUCGUCCCCCAAUGGGUGGGGCGCCAGGUAUGGGUGGUGGUGGGCCGCCUCCAUCAAUGGUAGGGGGCCCCCCAAUGGGUGGUCCAGGUAUGGGAGGUGGUGGGGGCCCCCCUCCCCCAAUGAUGGGUGGUGGUGGUCCAGGUAUGGGUCCUCCACCACCAGUAUCAGGAGGAGGAGGAGGAGGAGGAGCUCCUCCUCCAAUAGCAGCAGCAGCAGCAGCAGCAGCAGGAGGGGCCCCUCCAACACCUACAGCAUGGGGCCCCGUGGCACCAGAAAUGGCUGCAGUGGGUAUGACGGCAUUAAAUCUUAAGAGGCUCCGCUAUUUACAGCCUAAGCCUGUAGAUAAUAAUAUUCCUCCUAAUUGUACUAUUUAUAUAUCUAAUAUAAAUGAUAGAGUUAAGCUACAAG